AUGGACAAUACUUUCAACAUGGAGAAUCAGUGUUAUUUGCCACUCGCCCAAAACUUCUGUUUCAACUCAUCCCCUGAUGUGGCCUUCACCCCUACUCCUUCACUUCCAUCUGCCCAAAAUGAGUCUCGACCUUGGACUUUCAACGAGCUGAACGCUGCCUAUCACAACAUGUCUUACUGGAUCGACGGGCAAUAUCCGUCCUCGGCGUUCAUAUCCGGCGCUACCGGGUAUGGGACUGAAAGUUUACCACAGCACAAUGCUUUGCAUCAAGAGUUCGCCUACAUGGACUAUCAGCUCACUUCAGAUGCCAGCACCGUCGACCAUGUUCCAGCCAGCUCAGUCAGACUACCAAGUACCGUUGAAGAACGCUUUGAUAACGAGUCCGACAUGAGUCCAGCUGGCUCUUUCAUGGCUUCAUCUCCGGAACCUCGCUCUCGUUCUGCGAGUAUCGCACCCAUGAGUUCAUGGUCAUGUUCCAGCCCCGCUACAACAGCUUCCGAUAGACGACUCUCCGAUACCCCAAGCUCUUACGGCACAGACGACCAUUACCACCAAGUCACCUACUCGCUUCGGGACAGUAACUCGAUUUGUCGGAUGGAGUCUCCGCGGUCGCGUAAGGGCCAAGCUGGAGUUCUGGUCACCCAACCUGAGAUUAUUCGCAAGGCCAUUGGUCAAUGCGAUUACCCUGGAUGCAAAAAGAGCUUUCGUCGAGUGGAGCAUCUCAAGCGCCAUAAGCAAUCGCAUCAUGGGGAAGGCGGGCAAAACAGGUUUAGCUGCGAGUUUUGCGGCAAAGACAACUUCAAUCGCUACGAUAACCUGCAGACUCACCGCAGGCUGCAUACGCGAAAAAACAAACGCCAGCGCAGCAUCAAGUUUGUUCCCGCCGCAGUAUCUAUCAUUGAAGGAGAGGAGAAAGCAAAGAAACAAAAGAGUGGGUUCGCGGCAACACCAGUCAAAUCGCGACCUUACAUGGGUAAAGGACAUGUACGAGCUUUCAAGGGCAUUUUGGAACUCCAGGGACAACAGCACGGAGUUCUGUAA